AUGGCGAGGGCAGUUGUUGGGGGGAGUGGUUGUGGUGCGUCUUCUUCUUUUUCUUCUUCUUGGGUUAAUAAUUUGAUUAAGAAGAAGAAGAAGAACAGUGACACCAAGAGAGUUAGGGUUUGUUGUGUUUUAUCUAAUGCUUCGGCCGUCACGGCUGAUCCGUACAAGACACUGAGGAUUCAGAGAGGUGCUUCUGAAUCUGAGGUCAAGAAAGCUUUCAGACAACUUGCUCUCCAGUUUCAUCCGGACGUCUGCAAAUUAAGCAAUUGUGGGGUCCAGUUUCACCGUAUUAACGAAGCUUAUGAUAUUGUGAUGAGUAAUUUGAGAGGAGAAUCCUCAUCAUCAUCAUCAUCAAGCAGGUCAGAGAUGGAGGAGCCGUAUGAUGCGGGAAUGGAAGAACCAAUGAGGGGCAUGAACGAUCCUGAUGGGGACAUGUGGGAAGAAUGGAUGGGAUGGGAAGGAGCUGGAAGUCGCGACUACUCAUCCCACAUUAACCGUUACAUCUGA